UACCCAACAAUAUGGGGGCAGCUCUUUCUCUCUAUAACCACUUUUCCAAAUUAAAAACCCACUAAUAAAUCAUCAACUCAAUCUUAACAAAAAAAAUAAAAAUGUCAAGAUUUAUUUCGUCCUUGGGUUGCAUAAUUUGCUUUCUAUUUCUUGGUUUCAUUGGUGAGCUUCCAGGAGUUGAGGCAUGGAGUAAGGAGGGGCAUAUGAUGACAUGUCGCCUUGCACAGGGUCUUCUGAAUAAUGAGGCAGCUCAUACAGUGAGGAUGUUAUUGCCGGAAUACGUUGACGGCGACUUGUCGGAGCUGUGUGUAUGGCCGGACCAAGUGAGGCACUGGUACAAAUACCGGUGGACUAGCCCACUUCAUUUCAUCGAUACUCCCGAUCAAGCUUGCAACUUUAAUUAUCAGAGAGACUGCCAUGAUCAACAUGGAGUGAUGGAUAUGUGUGUUGCUGGGGCAAUCCAAAACUUCACAAAUCAGCUUUCUCACUACAGAGAAGGAACAUCUGAUCGUCGAUAUAAUAUGACGGAGGCUUUGUUAUUUUUGGCCCACUUUAUGGGAGAUAUCCAUCAGCCACUACAUGUUGGGUUUACAACAGAUGAAGGAGGAAACACAAUAGAUUUGCGUUGGUUUAGGCAUAAAUCAAACUUGCACCACGUGUGGGACAGAGAAAUUAUUCUCACCGCAGCAAAGGAUUACUACAACAAUGAUGUAAAUCUUUUCCGAGAAGAUAUACAAACAAACUUCACCCAUGAUCAGGGGAUAUGGACGGAUGAGGUUGAGUCGUGGAAGGAAUGUGAUGAUCAGGUCUCUUGCGUGAAUAAAUAUGCUGCAGAAAGUAUAAACAUGGCUUGCAAAUGGGGUUAUAAAAACGUUGAGGCUGGUGAAACUUUGUCAGAUGAUUACUUCAACUCAAGGCUUCCAAUCGUAACCAAACGCAUAGCUCAGGGUGCAGUACGAUUGGCUGCUACUCUGAACCGGAUUUUUGGAGACUCCAAUUAAUGAAUAAUAAUAAUAAUAAUAAUAUAAUGUUGUUAAUAAGAUCUAUUAUUAAAUUAAUUAUAUAAUUACCUGAUAGGUCAUAGCUUCUUGCUUGUACGUACGCUCCAUCGCAGCUCCUUGUAGUUGUAGUGAUUAAUUACUUGCAUUGUUAUUUGUUUAAUUAGCUUUACCUUUCCCAUUUAGGGUUUCAUGUAAUUUCAUGUUCAGUGUAUAUCUUUACCUUUCCUCAUUCUUGUAUUGUUAAUUGAUAAAGUGAUUAAUUAAAUUGAGUUGUGUUUUUAAGUAAAGGAGAUUGGCAAGAAGCGUACCACACACUCAUCUUUCCCUACAUACUUCGUUUGCUU